CUCUUCCGGGUGAUGGCGGCCGGUGCCCCGGAUGUAGUCCUCGUGAGCGUCUUUCUCUUUUUCUUCCCCCACGGCCUCCCGUGGAUCCUGAGCUGGAUCUAGUGCGUACCAGGUGAUGGCUUGUUGUGCUGGGGCACUUCCGCGGUGAGUAGCCGCGCCCGCUUCCCUUAAUCUGCAUCCUCUCUCGACCCAGCCUGGGGAAGGCUCCUCAGUCCAGUCAUGCCGAAGAGGAAAGUGACCUUCCAAGGUGUGGGAGAUGAAGAUGAUGAGGAUGAAAUCAGUGUUCCCAAGAAGAAGCUGGUGGAUCCUGUAGCUGGGGCAGGGGGUCCUGGGAGCCGAUUCAAAGGCAAACACUCUCUGGACAGUGACGAGGAUGAUGAUGAGGAGGAGGAGGGGUCCAGCAAAUAUGAUAUCCUGGCCUCAGAGGAUGUGGAAGGUCAGGAAGCAGCCACACUCCCCAGUGAGGGAGGUGUGCGGAUCACACCCUUCAACCUACAGGAAGAGAUGGAGGAAGGCCACUUUGAUGCUGAUGGCAACUACUUCCUGAACCGGGAUGCUCAGAUCCGAGACAGCUGGCUGGACAACAUUGACUGGGUGAAGAUCAGGGAGCGGCCUCCUGAUCAGCGCCCACCGUCAGACUCAGAGGAAGAGGACAGCCUGGGCCAGACACCAAUGAGUGCCCAAGCCCUCCUGGAGGGCCUUCUGGAGCUGCUGUUGCCAAGAGAGACAGUGGCUGGCGCGCUGAGGCGUCUGGGAGCCAGAGGAGGAGGCAAAGGGGGCAGCAAAGGGGGUGGGCGGCCCAGUUCCCCGCAACGCUUGGAUCGGCUCUCUGGGUUGGCCGACCAGAUGGUGGCCCGGGGCAACCUUGGUGUGUAUCAGGAGACAAGGGAACGGUUGGCCAUGCGGCUGAAGGGGUUGGGUUCCCGGACCCAGGGACCCCCUGAGCCCACACCGCCACCCUCUCUGGACAUGUUUGCUGAAGAAGUGGCAGAGGGGGAGCUGGAGACCCCAACCCCUACGCAGAGGGGAGAAGCAGAGUUGCCAGGAGAUGGACUGGUGGACGUGAUGUGGGAAUAUAAGUGGGAGAACACGGGGGAUGCUGAGCUGUACGGGCCCUUCACCAGCACCCAGAUGCAGACCUGGGUGAAUGAAGGCUACUUCGCAGAUGGUGUUUAUUGCCGGAAGCUGGACCCUCCUGGCGGACAGUUCUACAACUCCAAACGCAUUGACUUUGACCUCUAUACCUGAGCCUGCUCAGGGCCCUGUUUUGGUGGCCCCUUCUUUCCUGAACUCUGUGGAGGAGGCCCCAGCUGCCUCAGGCAUUGAGGACUUUAGGGGCCAUUUUUCAGUCAAUUUCCCUUUCCCAAUAAAAGCCUUUGGUUGUAUAUUUAGGGCUUUGGCUGUGCUAAUGGCCAGAAGCCAAGGACCUUCAUAACCCCUUCGAACUCCUCUCAUGAGUGGAAGUUUCUGGUUACCUAAACCAUUUCACCUUUGUUUAUCAUUCCUGGGGUGGAACCAGAGCUGUCAGGUGGCCUCGAGUCUGCUCACCAUCUAAAACUCCCUUUCACUCACAUGCUGUCCUCCAGUAUUCUCGGAGGGGGCUUUGGAACCUCAGAGCCUCUGUCUUCACAGCCAGUGUAGGUAGAGCACCAGAAGUGGAGAGUUUAGGGCUUGGGGGCUGGGACAUCUGUUUGGAGGGAGGAGGAAGCCUGCUAUCCGCAGACUCCCCACUGUCUCAGGCUUCUUCGGGGAACAGUGAUGGCCCUUCAAGGCCAUCUGGGCAGCCACUGAACUGGCACAAAAGGGCAGUGCCUCCUUGGAGCUCACACAGUGAAUUGGAGAGCUGGCCCAGACCCAGCGGGCUUUUUUCCCAGACCUUUCUUGGCACCCUUGAAGUUCUCUGAAAUUCACAUUUCCUGAGCUCCCGGUGUGCAAAGGCUGGUGCCGUGAAGGAACCGGAUAACUGGAUUAGUCUUCUUCCAGGAAUUCAGAUUUUGGGGGGAGUAUGGUUGGGAGGGGACAGGUAUAAUUGUAUUGUCUGCACCUAGCACCUCCCACCUCUCACCAGUGCUGCCUUAUGCCUCUUGUACCAAAUUAGGUUGAACCCUCCACUUUUCUACUUUGGCUGUCCUUUGGAGUCCCAGGGGAGCUAUAAAAUUACUCAAAUUCCAAGUGAGUUAGUUUAGAGAGUGGCUCAGUGGUUGGGGCUUUUUGAAAGCUCCCAGGUGAUUCCAGUGUGUGGACAGGUGGAGAACCACUGGGCAUGACUCAGGACUGAGGUUACACCUGGAGGGUCCACUUCCCAGAUCCUGCUGUGGUGGCAGAGCUGAGCAUGUGGUGGCCAGGGCUCUGCCGGUCUGUUACAGGAUUGCUGGGCACCAGGGCUGCAGGUGGAAGGAGCCAGGCUUGGAAGUAGGAACGACAGCAGAGUGGGGACACUUGAUGCUCUAGCGAGGCCUCCAACUUCUGUAUUAGUUGGGUCCGUGCCGGUGCCAGCCCAGACUCGGUAGUCGUUGAUUCCAAGAUGUCUUCAGUUGUAAGUCUUCAGGUAUCAUUAAGAAAACCCUGCUAAUUGCAUUUGUAAGAUGUCAUUGAUUAAAUGGUUCGUCUGGAUUUCAGAAGUGAAAAGCAAUACAGCUGGUCACCUUUAUAAUCCCAGUGACAGACGGACUCAUGGGAGGUGUGUACUGUUGGGUGAAUAGAUGAAAGCCAAGGGGGCAGUUCCCUUGGAUGUACCACUGGCAUCUCAGGCUCCACCUAUCCAGGUCCCACCCCAUCUACCCCUCACAGCCGCCUCCUGUGGUCACCUCCCUGAUGAAUGGUCCCCCAGAGAUGUCCAUGUCCUCAACAAAAUCUGUGAAUAUGGGACCUUACGUGGCAAAAGAGACUGCAGAUGUGAUUAAUGACUGAGAUGGGCAGGGGGCCGUGCUAUCCUGGAGUAUGGAGGUGGGUGGGCCCAGUGUCAUCACAAAGAUCCUAUAAAGUGAAAGGAGGGUCAAACACAGUUACUGGCUUUGAAGAUGGAAGACCAGGUCAUAUGCCAAGGAAUGCGGUGGCCUAUAGAAACUGGAAAAGGCAAGCAAACAGCCCUCCCAGAGCUGCUACAGAAAAAAGCCCUACUGAGGAUUUGAACCCAGUGAAAACCAUUGUGGACUUCUGCCCUCUAGAAUGUAAUAAAGUGUUUCAAGCCA